AUGCAACAGCUUGACUUGAAAACAUGGUCUGCGAUGCCACCAGUCAAUGGGAAAAGCGGGCACAACGAAUCUUUUCAUCGGCAGCCUCAUGCCGCCGAGGUUGACGAGCAUCAUAGACUAGACGAUGUCCUCUCGCUGCUGUUUCCUUCUACGGUACAUGUGCAACACUCAUAUCCGAUUUCUGGUCACAUGCACUCAUUACGGCUUCUGACGCUGUCGAAUGGAGCUCAAUUGUUGCUAAAGGGGUCUCCGUCAUCAAGGACAGCUCUCCUCCGACGUGAGCGAUCAUUCCUCGAAACCGAAGCCCAGUUCCUUGCUCUUCUAGGGCAGAGUGGAAACCCUUGUAUCCCCCAACUCUAUCAUUAUGAUCCUUAUGGAAGACCCUGGGGAUCUGCCUACUUGAUCCGGCAGUAUAUGAAAGGGAAGAGUCUGUCAGAGAUGGAAGGCAAACUCACCUCCCAGCAACUAGAAGGUAUCAACCGCCACCUGGGCUUCUUGGUGAGCACCAUCGGUCAAAAUGCAGCCCCUGGGUUUGGUUCCUUGCAGCAAGUGGCAUUUGGCGCUGGAAGACCUUCCUGGCGAGAAGCCUUCUGUGCCCUGUUUGAAGGCAUUCUUCGCGACGCCGAGGACAUGUUCAUCCACCUUCCUUACUCGGAGAUCCGACACGAGCUGAGUCGCCUAGCGCCUGCUCUUGAAUAUGUAUCCCUGCCACGUCUUGUGGUCGUGGACUUUGGUCGACCCUCCCAUGUUUUGGUAAAUGAAGAAUCUGGACAGUUGUCUGGAAUUGUGGACUUCAGCAGUGCCAUGUGGGGUGAUGUUCUGAUGGCAGAGAUCUUUGCGAAUGCGUCCCCGGCGGUCUUGCAGGGAGCAGGGAUGGCGGCGUCUAGGACAAGGGAGGAAAAUAUCCGGCUGGUCUUGUACGCGUGCUACCGGCUGGUGUCCCGAAUUACUGUGCAAUAUUACCGAAAGCGAGAUGAGACGAGCGAAUUCGAUGCGCGGAGAAGAUUGACAACCACGAUUGCGGAAAUGACGAGGCUUCGACUGGCGUGA